AUGGUUGUGAAGCAGCUUAAGGCCACCAUCAAGCAUCUGGAGGUGAAGCUCUAUUCGGGUUCCUUGAAACAGAAUGAGAGCAGCAGCUUUGAGGAUCUAAGGAAAUUACAGCAGACGCUGCUCUCAGCUGGAGAGAGCCCUCGUGUGAAGGAUGGAGGGAGAACAAAGGUGCAACGGCGCCCGUGGGGUGGAGGAAUUCCAAGCCGGGAAGGUGGAGUUACUGGGGUGCGUCUCAAGGGUCAGAAGGAGGUUGUUGCUACAUUCUCUUAUGGCAAACCGAAGAAGGAGCCUCAUGCUGUUGGCAGGUGGCCAAACCAGGCGAAGGAGUCCAUAUUUGAGGCCAGGCAGUGCGUUCUGUUUGCGUUCUACGUAUUCAGGAGGGCGGACCAGGAGGAGUUGAUGUACAGGAAGUACCUGGGGGAGGCGCUUAUGGGCAGGCUAGACAAGCCGUCUGAGGAAGACAAGCAGAAGAUUGCGCAAGCACUGGGUAAAAGCAGCGAGUGGCGUACGCUGGUGAAGGACAUGCUGGUUGAAUGCCCCCUAUCAGCAGAGGAGUCGGCGGCAGCAGAAGAGGAGGUGGCAGCAGAGGGUGGUUUGGCAGCAGAGGGUGGUUUGGCAGCAGAGGGUGGUUUGGCAGCAGAGGGUGGUUUGGCAGCAGAGGGUGGUUUGGCAGCAGAGGGGGGUUUGGCAGCAGAGGGGGGUUUGGCAGCAGAAGGGGGUUUGGCAGGAGAAGGGGGAUUGGCAACAGAAGGGGGUUUGGCAGCAGAGGAAGAGUGUGCUGGUGCAGUGGAGGAAGGAGGUGCCGGCACUGGCGUUGUGGAGCUGGCAAGUGGGCGCCCUGGCUGGCAAGCCCAUCUCCAAGCAUUCUGCGUGGAGCUGGAACGGCUGAUUACGAAACUUCAGGAGCAAGAAGCUUCCAGAAUCCAGCACCGGCAGGUAGUGUCUGAAAUCCAGAACCGGCUGCGCGAAUCCAAAAAAUUGCUUGCUGAGUGGGAAUAUCCUGGUGUCUACCGCCUGAAGAAAGGGAAGACCCAAGCUUCCUUUCUCUGCCGUGGCAAACCGUGGUCCCUCGGAACGUGGAAUGGCGAUUCAGAGCAGUCAUUUGCUGCGGCCAAGAAAGCCAUUCUGUGCGCUAAGUUCGUCUUUGAAUGGAGGCUGCAUGUAGUGAAGGCUGGGGGGACGGAACUGCUGAGAGGGUGGAGAAAUCGUAUGAAGAGUUCCUUGGAAGGGCUCUCAUGGGCAAGCUGCAGGAGGUCACGGAAGAGCAGGCUCGGUUGGCCAUCGAAUCAAAGAGGUGGGUUCGAUUUUUAG